UCUGUGCAACUAUAGCCUGACCAGAAACGUUUUUAAAAUGGUUGCCUACCAAACGUCCUUUGAGAAAAACACUUCCUGUGGUGGAUGGAUACCAUGGAUGGUAUGUCCCCGAAUGUACUACAAAACACAGUAUCGUACAGUUGAAGUCCCUGAGACCAUCAACUUUACAUACUGCUGUGAAGGAUAUGAGCAAGUUGGGUUCUACUGCUCUCUAGCGCUCAACAGGUCCAGUGUAUUUGCCUCAAGACCUGGUAUUUGUCCAAUGGAGAAUAUGGAAACAUCUGAUUAUUCUUGCACGUUCGAUGCUGAAUGUCCAGGGCUGAAAAAAUGCUGCAGCUCAUCCAAGGGAGCAAUCUGUGUGAAUCCAAAGCCAGAGGAAAGGAUGUUCUGGUACAACGUGACAGUCCUGGUGAAAAUGGAUUUUAAUGAACUAAUUAGAGUGGAUUCCCACCUUCUGAAUCAUUCACGCCUUUUGCAUUCCAUGAUUACUGGUGCAUUACAGCCCUUGAAUACCUCUGUGCACCAUAUCCAGAGUAACUAUGCAGAAAUGUAUGCUGGGACAGUGGCCUCUCAAGUUCUGAUUGGACUGCAUCAACCAGCUCCACUAGCAGAGGUUUCUUCUUCCUUGAAGAACAUGGUUAAGCGUGUAUAUGAAGUGAUUGACACAGAUGUGAAAGAUGUUGAUGAAUGUUCCUAUGCAGAAUUCAAUGCUUGCCCUGAGCAAAAUUCCUGUGUAAAUAUGGAGGGUUAUUACAGCUGCAGCCCUGAGCACCAAGAAGCAUAUGUCAGCCCUCUCCAGCUGAGCACAAGAAAAGAUGGUAUGGCAGCAUCCACUCCAAGCUCAGAGUUGGAUCCCAUUAACAUCAGCAGUAGCUCUCCAUCUAUAAGUAAUUCAAGUCUCUUGUCCAUGACUAACCAAUCUACCAAUGCUGGAUGCUAUCCCUCUGCAAUUACAAACCAUCGAAUCUUCAGCGUUACCAGCUACAGCUUUGAAAUGUCCUGGCAUGUCGCAUCUACUCUAAACCAUACUUUCCAAGUCCAAGUGUUCAGGGACAAGGAGAUUGUAAAAAACAUGAGAACAGAUGAAGUGAAAAUGAGUGUAUCUGGACUGGAAGCAGGUGUGAUGUACUCAAUAGAGAUCAGCUACAAAAGUUGUGGAAAAUCCAUCCUCUCCCAUCAAAAUGUUAAAACAGAGGCUAAGAUAUUUGGUGCUACUGUGAGGAUUCUCAACUACAACUUCACCGAAGAUCUCCAUGAUCCCAGCAGCUCAGCAUAUGAAGAAUUUUCAAGGCUGCUGCUUACAGAGAUUGGGAAUUCCUUUCCACCCAACAUUUCUGCUUUAUACGAAUCUGGGAAACUGAAAGUGCAGAUUGAAUCCCUGCGAGCUGGGAGCGUCAUUGUGAGACUCAGAAUUGCAGUGCAGGAUCCUGGGUUUCCAGUGAAUGCCUCCUCCUUUGCUCCAAUGCUUUCAUACUUGUACAACGACUCCGUACUUUUGGUGGAUCAGCAGAACUCUACAGUAGAAGACUGGGAUGAAUGUGCUUCUCCCACCGACAAUGACUGCUCCAUGUUUGCACAUUGUAUCAAUCUGAUGGGCUCAUAUCUCUGCAGAUGCAAGACAACCGUGGACACCAAUCCAUCCCGGCCUGGAAGAAACUGUGAGGGUGAGAUCGUGAGCCCUCUGACUGAAAGAACAGCCCUUGAAGUAGCAAGCAGCACACAGCUUGCUCCUGAAGCAAGCUCUGCAGCCUCUGCCUUCCCCACCAUCACUGCAGGCUCUGAGAUGAGCACCAUCACACACCACCUUGCUGUACUGCCACUGAGUGAGAGGCAAACACACCCCCACCAUUCCACCACCAGCACUCCUCCAGCCACUUGGAAUAAAAGCCUGACUCCACACAUGGCCAGAGACAAUAGCCCCACAGCUGUGACUGCAGAGCAGCAGACCACCACGAAUCCAUCACAGCAGAGCUCAUUGGCUGAGUCUUCUCCUUGUACAUUGCAGCAAGUGGCCACUCUCACAAAUGCAUCCACUGGCAUAGACAAGCAAGAGCAACAUAGUUCUCCAUUGCCAAGGUUAUCAAACCAGACAGUCUUCGAUAUCUCUGGAAGUCAUGCAGCUUUUGAAGAGCUACAAGUCCACUCUCAAGAUGGCCCCGUCACAGCUCUGUCAGCCACAGGAGAUGUAGGAGCUUCCAUUCUCGGUGCCACUCUCAACACACACACACAGACACGAAGAGAGAACAGCUCUUGGGCUGAGAAUCACACCACAGCCCUGGGGUCACCAGCUCUGCCAGGCUUCUCCUUGCCUCCCAGAUCAAAUCCAAGCCCAGCCAUGGACCACACUUUCCAGAAACUUAAUGGAAUGGUGCGGAUAACAAAUGUGAAAUACUCACCAAGCUUUAGCAAUGCAAGCAGUGAGGAAUAUCAAAACUUUGCACAGCUCUUUAUUGAUGAGGUACAUAAAUCUCUGCCCCUUGACGUCCUUCAGCAGAUGGAUGCUGGUCUGAUUAAAGUGUUGAUAAAUGAUAUUACUAAUGGGAGCACUGUGGUAAGUUUCCAUUUACUGACUGCAGAAGAUGUGGAUAUCUACUACAUCAUCACCACUUUUCGUGAUGCAAUUGAACACAGCUCCUAUUUCACAGUUGACAAGAACAGUCUCUCCAUAAACGAUUAUGAUGAGUGCAAGAACAAAGAAGACGACUGCUCCCCAGAUGCAUCAUGUUAUAACACACUUGGAUUUUACCACUGUAGUUGCAAUGAUGGAUUUGCCGAUGUGCAUCCAGAAAGACCUGGAAGAAACUGUGCAGGCAAUUUUUUCUUACUAUCUAAUACCAUAUACCUUUAUUUUUGUUACUCUUCAGCAUUUCCUAGGAGCCAGGAGGGAACUGUGGUGGACAGGAAGCCUGUACCCAGCGCAGUUUUACCUGUGGCAUCUUUGGUGACUUCAACUUAUAUUUCCUCCACUGCUUCAUUGAACUUAUCUGCUACUCAAAACAAAGCUCUGGAAGACACCCCAUUCUCCAGUGUGACACUACCUGUUCUUACCAUGGGUUCUGAGUCAGCCUACAAUGUUCCUCCUCAAGCAUCUCCUGCCCCCCUCAUUAAGUCUGCCCAGGAGGUUUCCAUCAAAGAUGCAGUGACAGUGUUCUGCGAAAUUGAGAAGACCAUUCUUGCCAUCCAAAAGGGAUUUUUACUUCAGGAAUCCAUCCCUGAAUCCUCUCUGUACCUGGGGGAGCCUCUUUGCAACGUGAGCAUCAGCAAUGGCACUCAUGCUGUGCUGCAGGCUGGCUGGAGCGAGUGUGGCACGGAAGUUGAGACUAAUGUGACUAACACCAUAGUGAAAACCAUGCUACGGAAUGAUGAUUCUGCUCAGGGAGUAAUCCACCACUUAAAAGUUGCCAGUCCUAUUCAUUGUGUGUUUCAAAACAAUCUCUUGACUUCCUCUGGAUACACUGCAGAAGGAAUUUACACUAUUUUUGAGGAUUUACAUGGAUCAGGACGCUUCAGAACAGAAAUGCAGUUAUUUAUUGGAAACUCCCCAAUACCAAAAAAUUUCAGUAUCUCUGCCAGUGAUGAUGUCCUGAUUGAAGUGGGGAUUCAGAGAGAUGACAGCAAGCUGAAAGUGGUCCUCACUGACUGCUGGGCAACUCCGACCAACAAUUCAGUGGAUCCCCUCUCGUUUGCUUUUAUCAAGAACAGCUGUCCUAUUCCAAAUACAUACACCACGCUUCUAGAGAAUGGAAAUUCAAGCAAAGCACAGUUUAAGAUGAAGAUUUUUUCCUUUGUCAACAACUCUGUAGUUUACCUACACUGCAAAAUUCGUAUCUGCAUGGAGACACGGGGAAGCACCUGCAGGACAAGAUGCCAUGCAGCUCGAUCCCUGAAAAUCGGUGAAAUCGUCGCUACCCACAGAACAUCCUGGGGUCCUCUGUGUAAAUCUGCCGCAUCUGAUUCAAAGAGAGAGAAGGAGCCUGGUGUGGGAGUUGGAUAUAUCAUCCUCAUUGUUAUUGCUGUAUUUGGCUUUGUGGUGGCAGUUGUGAGCCUUGUCAUUUUCCAGUGCAAGCGAAAGGUGGGAAGAUACAACUUCAGAAUCAAGUCUGACAACUUCAGCUACCAAGUGUUCUAUGAUUAAUGACUUCCACAUUACCAGAUUUGGACUGUGCCUCAUCACAGAGUACUACAGGCUUUCAUUACGCUUCAUGAUGGAGACCACCAAUGAUUCCAACACUGGCUCUUAACAUCACAAGUAAAGGACUUCCAUAUCCCUUGUUUUGUUUUGGUAGCAAUUUGGCUUUUUCCUAAUGUUCAAAGAGCUAUUUGUGUCUGCAGCUCCAAGUUGAAGUCAACUUCUUCAGCAGUUUUACAUGGAAAAAAGUACAAGAGAAAAAGGAAAGACUUCAUGGUUCAUGGUUCUCUGUUCAGGUUUCAAGACUGGGUUGUCCCACUGUGCCACACUGCAGUUUUCCCCUCUUAGCAGAAUUUGUACCAUUACACAAGUUACAUGUUUCUCUACGUAUUUCAGGAAGUAAAUCAGGAAAACGUUAGAGCAUUAGAGAUUUCAUUUUCAUUUUGUUAUUCACUGUAUACUUAAGGUGAGGUUGAAACCCUGAGAUGCAGCAACGCUGAAGACCUAACUGUGCUACGCCUUAAGUAUACAGAAGCUGGAGAACAAGUACUUGAUUUAUCACCAAAUAAAGAAAAUGCACAAUGAGUCUGUGACUCAACCUGCAUGGUGUAUUCUUUGACGUGAGUCUUGAGGUUCGACUGUAAAUUCUUUAAUUGAGAAGGGCUUGGUGAAAAAAUAAAAGAAGUAAGUUUUGCUACUGUAUAGAUUUCCAUAUAGUUCCAUUGCUACCUACCUGCUCUGUUUAAUUAGACCAGAGUGAUUUUGCAGUUGAGUGUGCUGCCCAGCAAAGUGAGAGUGCUCAAACUGCACACAGUAGGUAUAAAUUUGACCCAUAUUUUGGCUGCGCUGCAAGACCCUACCAUUACUACAGCAGCAGAGGUUUAGUUUUCGUGCUUCAGUCAAUACCACAACAAUCUGUUCAGCUGGAUAAACUGGAACAAAAACAUUUUUGACACAUGAAGUAGCCCUUGCAGGACUUUUCAGUGAGUGUUUUGGAAGAUGGAGAGUAUGGUAACUCAUCUCUACCACUGCCGGGUUCCAAUUGCUGCACACCUCCUGGCCAGUGGUGGAGACUGUUGGGUUGACAUUGCAGUAAUGCAGACAUUUGCACUGAACAAGAUAAUUCCUUAUUAAAUGAAAUGAACACUAUUAUACACAGCUCUCUAGUGGAAAUUGGCCAUUAGUUUGAACUCACAACUACUCACAACUGCUCAUACCAGCCACAGCAUUUAGGUGCUGGUACAGAAUAGCAUUGAAAAUCUGCUUUUCUAGUCCCUCUAUCCAAAUACUGUUAGGUACUAAGACUACUGGGUAAAAGAUUUGGCUUGUGUUUUGUGAAAGGUCAGACUGGUUGAUCUUAGAGGUUACACACAGCUUAAAGAUCCAUAAAUUAAUUUUAGGUAUAUCUUAUAUAUAUUCUUUUUGAUUCAAGUGGAUCUGUAAGAAGUAAAAAUCUUGGACUUGUCUUUUUGUUGCUGAAAUAUCAGUUCUCAGAUCCUGAUUAAAAAAAAAUCAAUUUGAUUAUAAUUCAUUAAUGAAACUGCAACUUACCUUUGUAAUUUUAAAGUCUGAUAAACACAGUUGUUAACUUUUUAUGAUGUAGGUGUCUCCUCACUUUUGCUGUUUGCUGUCAAAUAUAGGUUUGUUUUCUGUACACAGUGAAAGUUCAAUCUAUUUUAUUAAAAAUAUUUGUAUAGUUUGUGGUGUGUACAAUACUAAGCCUCUUCUUGUGGCAGGGCUAGAGAUUUGCCUAUUGAUUUCAGCAGAGCUAUACCUUUGAUGGAAGCUGAGCAGUUGCUUCUGUUUGAUACCAUGCAGGCCCAGCAGAAACUGAUAUUGUGACUAUCUGAAUAACUGUGUUGUAAUGUCUUAAUAAAAGCACUCUCAUACCUUA